UCACAUGAGAAUUCACACUGGUGAGAAGCCUUUCUCAUGUGGAACUUGUGGAAAAAGUUUCUUCAAAAAAGAUUCUUUAAAUGUUCAUAUGAGAAUUCACAAAGGUGAGAAGCCUUUCUCAUGUGGAACCUGUGGAAAAAGUUUCUUCAUAAAAUGUCAAUUAAAUGUUCAUAUGAGAAUUCACACAGGUGAGGAGCCUUUUACCUGUGGGACUUGUGGAAAGAGUUUCAGUUACAAAGCGACUUUAAGUAAUCACAUGAGAAUUCACACAGGUGAGAAGCCUUUCUCAUGUGGAACAUGUGGAAAAAGUUUCUCUGAAAAAUAUAAAUUAAAUUGUCAUAUGAGAAUUCACUCAGGUGAGAAGCCUUUACUUUGUGGGACUUGUGGAAAAAGUUUCAGCCAUAAAGAAACUUUAAAUGUUCACAUGAGAAUUCACAUAGGUGAGAAGCCUUUCUCAUGUGGGACCUGUGGAAAAAGCUUUUGUCAAAAAAAUAAUUUAAAUGUUCACAUGACAAUUCACACAGGUGAGAAGCCUUUCUCAUGUGGGACCUGUGGAAAAGUUUCACCAAUAAAGGAAGUUUAAAUGUUCACAUGAGAAUUCACACAGGUGAAAAAACAUUUUCAUGUGGGACCUGUGGAAAACGUUUCACCACUAAAUGCAGUUUCAAUGUUCACAUGAG